CUGAGUACAUUUAAGGAUUGACCGGCAGAUCAAGCAAGCCUUGUUUUACUGAAAAGCCCAGGAAAAAUGGCCGUGAACAACGCAGCAAUCAUCCUGCUCUCUAUCCUCGCGUUUUCCAAUACUUUGGCCCUUCGAAACCCUAUUGACUACAGAGAGUGCAAAAAAGCGUCCCAGAGCGAUAUUUCGUCAGUCGAUAUAGAGCCUUUUCAAAAAGAUGCGAGGGGCCGCUAUAUUUUCAAGAAAGGAAGCAAUGUCACCGCCACAGUCAAAUUUACUCCAAAAGUAAUGGUCAAGGAAGCAACCGUACACUUGUACGUUAUUCUUGGGCGAAUGAUAGAAAUGAAAGUACCUUAUCCAAAUGCUUGCGAACACCACAACAUCAAAUGUCCCUUGGAGCCUAACGUGGAAUAUACAAUGAUCGGCACUAUUGAGGUAAUGAAAAACCUGCCUAGUCUACCGUUCAUUGUCCAGUUGGAUGUGGAACUCCCGGAUAAAACGUACUUGUACUGUUUCCAAAUGCUGGUACACAUUAUGUAGUGAAAUUUCACUGAGUUGAAACACUGCCUGACUGAAGGACAACUUCCUCUUGGAAAGAGUCCGACUGUUAAUUUCAAAUAUAGCUUGUGGGUUUAAAUUUAUUAACAAUGUUAUCAAAGAACUCUUGGAAUUGAAACUAUAGCGCUAAUAUAUACACCAGUAAAAAUAACGAACAAUUACAUGCAAUAGGACUUGAUGUGAAUAGAUUACUUCAUACCGUAGAAUAUAUAUAGCUGAUGGCUCGUAACAGAUAAAAUCGAAGACUAUGAUUUCAUUUUUGUUUAUUUUGUUUUUACAUGGAAGAAGAAGUUUGCUAUAUAAUUUAACAACUAAACAUUGCGAAAACAUUGAUGAGAACUUUAAAACCAUCUGGUUAAAAGUUUAAAAAGGUAAAAAUUUUGUGACGACGUUUCGACUUUUAAGUCAAAGAUGAAUAAAAUUGUGUGCAAAUAUGUAGGAUGAUAAAAAUGUGGUGAUGAUGCAAUCGCGUUUCGAGGAGCAAAAAGCAAAUUUGAAAAUAUUAGACCGUCAUUACUAUAUAGAGCAAACAUUAAAAGUAAAUUCUUUAAAAGAUUAAAUUAGAUUUUUGCAAUCUUA